AAAUUUUCAUUGUGAUCUGCUUAUUGUAACCAAAAGAAGAAUAAUUAUAUAUUCUAAAAAAUUAAGUCAGAAUGAGUUUAUGUAAAAAUAUUCAACAUUUCGUCCAAAAAAAUAUACAAUGGAACAUGAAAUUAGCAUACUCUACUGCUCCCUCAAAAAAAUCACAUGCAGAACCCCAACGUAAUAUAGCCGAUGUUGGGAAAUCUUUGGCUUCAAAAGGGUUUCUGCGUUCUCACAAACCAUACAAUCCACCGGCAAAUGUUGCGGAAAAAGUUCGUGAAAUAUGUUCAAAUCUACAAAUAUCUUACGCUGAUCAAUACAAACUAUCUAAUUUAGAAGAGAAGUUUACAUUCUUAAAUGCAUGCUUUCAAGGCUUUCAGCAUAGUGUGCCAAAUUCUCAAGUUCACGAAUUACAAAGUAUAGGUGACGUUGUUCAAUUUUACAAAACUCCUGUGAACACCACCGUACCAUACGAUGCUUUAAAGACCGCCACCCUACCGGAAAAUUUGCACAUCCAAUAUGAUUACGUACGUUUUAAUCCAGAAACGGAUACUAAGUUUAAAGGUCAAACCGCAUUCCCAAAGAGUUCAACUCUUGUGACAGGUUUGAGAUAUCGGGGCAAAUAUGAAGGACAUGAAGCAAAACGUUCUUGGCCAUAGUUAGUCAUAUUUUGUUUAUUUUUCAAAUGUUCAGAUUUCCAAUUGUAUGUUGUUAUUAAUAAACUAU